AUUAACUUCAAAGACACAAGAAGUGCAUCGACUAAUUAGUAGGAUGGAGCGCUGCCUUUCUUUUCAUUUACACUGAGUUCUGCGAUGCACCAAAAACAGGACUUUCUCCAAACUUGAGCUGAAACCCUCCAACAGAAGGCAAAUCAGAAAGAUUUCCAGGUCAACCGGAUUAAAACAGGAACUAAGACCAGAAGUGAAGGGAAGAAGAAAAUGUUGAAGAGGAUUAGCAGAGGGCUGUGGAACUAUCGCAGGAUCAUCCUCCUCAUCCUCACCCCACUGCUGCUGCUUCCUCUGCCGCUGGUCGUCAAGACUAAGGAAGCAGAAUGUGCCUUUGUGUUGCUGCUCAUGGCCGUGUUCUGGAUGACAGAGGUGAUCCCUUUGUCUAUGACGGCCAUGCUUCCCGCCAUCCUCUUCCCCGCAUUCGGCAUCAUGAAGUCGUCUCAUGUGGCAAGGGAGUACUUCAAAGACUUUCACUUCCUGUUAGUGGGGGUCAUCUGCCUAGCGACAUCCGUUGAGAAGUGUGGUCUUCAUCGCAGGAUGGCCCUGAAGCUUGUCUCUAUGGUGGGGGUGAACCCUGCCUG